CGCAGGAGAUCGAGAGAACACGGUGAAACACCCCCAAUAUUCAGCUGGAACCAUUUCUCUCUGAUGGGGGAUUACGGAAUAGCUGUAUCCGCCAAUAUUGGAGGUUUAACGUCUUUGAAUAGCAAACAUAUUUUACAGAGCAAAGGUAUAUUUACAUCCGAUACAUCGCCAACUCGUACCAUGCAAGAUGACAUUUUACUCGAAAAAUCGACCAGUAAACAGACGCAGCAACUCCAAGUGAAUUCUGAAAAUGGAACUGAUCAAAAUGGCGAGAACUUUGCUAAGAACGGGAAAAUUGACACUAAUGCGCAGUUGGAUGAUAGACGGCCUGAUUUACUCGGAAAUGUGAGUACAAGUUCCAUGAAUGCUGGCGAGGUCACUAACGGUACGACAACAGCUGUCAUCUCAAUGUCGUCUGCCGCUCCGGCAUUUUGGUCAAACGCAGCAACAGAUGACAGUUUCGUCCAAGGAUUCCCUUCUGUUAAUGGUACUGUUGCAUUCCAACAGUUUCCUCCUACAGCAAAUAACAUGUUUAAUGCUGCACUGGCAUCCCAUAUGGGGAUGAACGUUCCCCCUCAGCAACAGCCACCCCCACGAAGGGCGAUAACAGCACAUCACAACUUUCCACAACGACAGGGUAUGAUGAUGAAUAACAAUUCUAAAUCCUAUCCUAACUGGAGUAACGCCCCCCAGCCAGCAUCAUGGUCACAACAAACACAAUCGUUCUCUACGGGAUGGGCAAAUGUACCACAGCAAAGAAGAUCUAUGCCCAGUAUGAAUCCAGUUUUAAAGAAACCCAGUAUUAACAACCAGUACCAUCGUGUUGGUCAGUCUACACCAUUGAUAUCACCGUCCAAGUUUCGUCGAAGUACAUCUUUCCCAGGACAGAUGCACCAGACUGCCCUGCUUAAACCAAAUCUCGACUUACAUAGCCUUGAUGACUCCCAAAGAGAUGCAGUUCUAACCUAUCAGGAUCGGAGUGGUUCUUAUGAUAGCAUGAGAUUUUCAUCAUUCGAGACCCAGCUACUAGAUAUCAUGAGGUCUACUGGAGAUCCUAAUGAAACCCUCAAAGGAAAACCUACUUUUGGAUUUGGAGAAGGACUAGAUGAGGACAGUUUAGACCAGUCUGGAGGGUCAUUUCAUGGGGGGUCCCAAGGCUCUCCUGGCUCCCAGGGAGAACGUAUAGAGAGAUUCUCAAGGAAAGUCUUUGUUGGGGGUCUACCACCUGACAUUGAUGAAGAGGAAAUAACUGCAGCUUUUAGAAGAUUUGGUGCCCUGGUUGUUGACUGGCCCCAUAAGGCAGAGAGCAAAUCCUAUUUUCCUCCAAAAGGUUACUGCUUUUUACUUUUUCAAGAUGAGAUGUCAGUCCAAGCUUUGAUUGAAUCCUGUAUCGUGGAUGAUGACAAAUUGUACUGGUGUGUUUCCAGUCCUACGAUGAAAGAUAAACCUGUUCAGAUCCGGCCAUGGAACUUAAGUGAUUCUGACUUUGUGAUGGAUGGGUCCCAGCCACUUGACCCAAGAAAAACUAUUUUUGUUGGAGGAGUUCCUAGACCUCUGAGAGCAGUGGAGCUGGCUAUGAUAAUGGAUAGGUUAUACGGCGGUGUAUGCUAUGCAGGGAUUGACACCGACCCAGAAUUGAAGUACCCAAAGGGGGCAGGAAGAGUGGCAUUUUCCAAUCAACAGAGCUACAUUGCUGCUAUCAGUGCAAGAUUUGUCCAGCUACAGCAUGGGGAAAUAGAUAAAAGGGUGGAGGUGAAACCCUAUGUAUUGGAUGACCAAAUGUGUGAUGAGUGCCAAGGUGCCAGAUGUGGAGGAAAGUUUGCACCAUUCUUCUGUGCAAAUGUCACUUGCUUGCAGUAUUAUUGUGAGCACUGUUGGGCCCAGAUCCACUCUCGGCCAGGAAGAGAAUUUCAUAAGCCACUGGUAAAGGAAGGAGCUGAUCGACCCAGAGCUGUACCAUUUCGAUGGUGUUAAGGCUUGGUCAGGAAUGUGAAAAGCUGCCUCGUUCAGAUAUUCAGAGUCGCCUGGUGAAGCUAAUUUAUAAUUUUUAAAGGAAAGAAGAUGAGACAGAUUAGAUUUUGAAAUGUGAAGUAUUUAUGAGAUCAUUUGAUACAAACAACAUUUAUAUAUUUAUCUGUAGAUAUUCUGUUAUCCAUAUUUUUUAUUUUAGUCAGAAUUUAGAGUUAAUAUAUUUAUUACAAAUAUUGUAUUGUGAUUUCGUCAGUGCUGCACUGCCACAACAUUAUGUGGAUAUAGUUAUUUGAUAUUUAUGCAGUCUCCUUGCAAAACUGUGAUUGUGUCUGGCAAAUUGACAGGACCACAAGUAUUUACUUGUAGUCACAGGGUGAGAAGCUUUGCCCUAAUCUCCUAGCAGAGGUAUGGUUAUAGAUGUUUAGUGCUCUCGUAAUACUGUGUGUUGUCUGGUUCAGAACAGCAGUAUUGCCAAAAGCUGUUCAGCUUAUGUUCAGGACAACAUCACAGCCUGUACAACUAUGUUGUGAACUGUUUUCAUCAGGUUUUAAGGUUUCUGUCAAUCUUUACCAUGGUUUAUGGGAUUUUGAACUAUUUUAUUUGCCUUGUAGCAUAUUUAUUCAACAGUAGCUUAUUUAGUAGAGUGUAUUUUUAUUUGAAAAUUAUAUUCUGUCACUUUUUGAAUUGUCAGUAUAAAGAGCAAGUGCACACAUCUAUAAACAUACUUUUGCAGGUGGUUGAAAACAGUCAGUUUCAACUGAUAUGCUAUUAGAUAGGUAUGCUGUGGUUCAGAUUUUUUGUAUGUUUUUUGUGGAUAACAUAUCCACACCAAUAUGGUUAGCACUAUACUUACUAAAUGACAACUUGUCUCGCACAGCCAGUCCAGACACACCUGGACAUGGCCAUCUGUACAGAGGAACAUGUUCUAGGGCUGGAGACAAUCUGUCAGAAAAUCACAGCUUAUGUGAAACAUGCAGUCGUUCAGUCUGCACACUGUAUAAGGGUUGGUUACUCUGUAGAGGGGAUGCUUUUCAUUAUGGAUGGGUUGACUUGCUCAAAGGGUUUAGUCUUCUUCUUACUUACAAAAAAGGUUUACCCUUUUUGUGCAAAGAGUUAAACUACUACUUCUAGCUGUAUGUACUAAAAGAUCUUUACUUUCCAAGAUGGGAUAUGUUUACCCAUACAUUCAGGAGAGGACAAAACAUUGGUGGAACGAUCCACUGGAUGACAGAAAGUAUACCCAUUAUACAAGAGGGUUUAGCUCACUUUACACUGGAGAUGUUGGCGUUCCAGUAUUCAAUAUAGGUGUAACUACCUCUGCAUUAAGGAGAAAUUGAAUUUACCCAUAAUACAAGAGGAAAGACCUGUCCUUUGCAGCAUACCAUAAGUGUAGAGAUAUGUUAGAGGAACUAUCCUGUCCAAAAUGUGGUUAUUUUCAACUCUUACAAUUAUGAGGGGUUGUGUAUCUUAACAUGCAAGAACAUUUCCCGCAGAGAGUUAAUGAGUACUAUCUAGUCAUAAUGAAGUGUUUCACUUUCGACAGUGGGCAUACAUUUUCUGGUCAUUUUAAUGUUUUUUUUACCGGAUUGUACUACAUAGAAAUUGUGACUAUGUAGAAAUGUUGCAGGGAAUUUUCUUAUGAUGGAACAUGUUCUUGAUAGAUUUCAGCAUUUUAAAUUUUGUAUUUAAAGGUUUAUAUAGGCAUUUUUAUACUUUUGUGCAAAUUUAAGAUUUUAAAAAGUUAUUGCAUGCAAAGUUAUAUGUUAAUUAGUUUCCUAAUUACUGUUUUACACAUCUUUUGUCAUGUUCAACAGAUUUCUACUGUGAUUUUGUCCAGUUUGUAUGGUUCAUUGUUUCAUGUUCAUUGUUUUUGCAGGCCAGUGUGUUUGUGUGUGUGAAGUAAAUGCAAAGUGAAACAAUCUUUGAUAUUUUUUCUCCACUUCAUAUUCAAUAACAUUUUAUAACAAAAGAUGAUGAGGUUUUUAAACAUGAAUACACUUGAUUAAGUGAGAGAGCUGCCAAAUUCUCUGUAGAUUCAUAAAUUAUUUUAUAUUUGUGAUAGAUCAAGGUUUGUCAUUGAUGUCCUAACUUUAAGAUACCUCAUUCUGUCACAUUGGUGAUUCAUGUUUCACACAGAGACUUUUGUAUAAUUCUGAUUUAUCAUAAAUUUGCUGAUACUUUACGAGUACAAAAUUUCUUCUGUCAUUUACAACUCCAGUCCUUGAAACUUGAUUUAUGCAAUACAGUAAUCUAAUUUUGAUUAAACAUUUUUGGUUUUUGUAUUUGUUAAUAAUAGGAAUUAGGAACAUAUUUGGAAGCUAAUCCAGUGUAUAUACUAAAUAUUAUUUAUUUGAUAAAGCAUAUAAGAUUGACUUUAAUUGACUAGCAGAGUACCGACUUGGAUACUAUAUCUAGUUAACAAUAGAUUGUUGCUAUAGGGAAAAAGCUCAAAAAGUAUUUCAGAUAGAAGCAAAUUAGAAAAAUUUGAUACAUAUUUGAUUAUUAAGGAAAUGAAAAUCCAGAAUGUGAAUUUUAUAGUUGAACUGUAGUGCUAGAUUGUUUGUAUAUUUUGAUCUUUUUAUUAUUGAAAUGUGUGAGUGUAAUUUAUUAAAUAUUUAAAUACCAUCAGGGGGUGAGUAUUUUUACUUCUCUUUAUAUGUUAUGUGUGAAAGGAACUGUAAACGUCCUGUUAAAAAACUUGGGUUGUGGAAAACAGGAGAUAACUUCAUUUGUAGUGAAUAGGUAUUCAUAGUUUUCAUUUGCUCAAAAAAUUUAAUAGAUUAUGUAGUUUGUUACACCUUUCAUAAGUUAUCCCCCUUAGUCCAGAUCCCAUACCAGUAUAUUAUAACCUAUUUAUAAACAUUAAGAUUUUUAUUAAAUGGUGUAUUCCAGAUAUUUUCACAUAUCAUACAUUUUCUGCAUGCUUAAAACAUUAUCCCUAAGUGAUCAUCCCUAGCUUUUUAUGUGUGUAGAGGCAAUCCCUUUAACUCGCAUCUGUCUUGGAAUGCCAAACACUUUAGUUUGGUGUAAUGUAGAUGUUGUUGUAUACUGUGUAAUUUGUCCAAUGGAUGGAAUUGGGUUCAUGAAUUAUAAAUAUCUGUAUGGAUAAUGUUAUAUGUCACUUCCAGUUUGAAACACUAUACCCGUCUGUAAUUAUGAUGUUAUCAAUUAUGAUAAAAGAAGAAAGCCUUUUUAUUUUUAUUCUCAACAUUUUUUAUACGUAAACAAGUAAUUAUUUCAUCUGUAAUCUGCCAAAUAUAAUUUCAGUAAAUAAAGAAUGAAUCAUAUUUUUGUUACUAUUGCAUAAGGGAAAUCAUUUUAAAAUCAAACUUGAUGUUGUCCAAUAUUGUAUAUUAGCAGAAAUAGCGAAAAUUGUACACAUAUUUCAUUGUUACAAGUGUUAUAAAGCAUGUAUCUUUCUAUUUCCACUUUGUAAUAUUCCAGGUUUUGUACUACACUUCAUAAAAAUGUGUAAAUAGUGGAUGCAAAAUGAUAAAAAAAAAAUGUAAAUGGUAGACUUAUUUUUGUUUAAGGUGCUAUUGUUUUGUAUGAAGAAAAGGAAAGCUUAAUUUAUAUUUUUUAAUUUCUUUGUUGAUAUGUUAUUGUAUUUUGUACUUUUAAAUUGAUUAACCAUCUGUCUAUUAUCUGUGUUGAUACAAGCAAUGUCGUACUCCUGUGAUUCUCCACUGCCGGUUUAUAUGUGUGUAGAUCUGUAGGGAAAUGCUGUCUACAACUGCCAUUAUUCUCCGGUCAGAUGUUUCUUUAGUUCAGUUAAUUUAUGUUUAUCUAGUAAUACAAAAAUGGACAGAUUAUUUUUUUUUUUUAUCAAAAUUUUCGUGGAAAGAAGAGUAAAAGAAAGAAUUAUAUUCUAGGUGUUUUUUUUUUUUUUAGCUCUAUUCAUGGAAUUUGUUAUACAAAAGAAUAUAAAUCAAUGUUCAAAUAUAGAUUAUUUAGUGGCUGUUGUUAAUAUGUAGAAUUCCCCCACCUUGCAUUCCAGAAUGAUUAUACCAAACAAAAUUGUAAUGUACAGUAAAAAUAAAGAUACUAACAUUUAACUUAAUAUAUAUUUAAGUCCUGAAGUAACUAUCUUAUUUUUGUUAUUAUUAUUUUUUUUUAUGCUUCAUUUGAUAUUCAGUGUUUGUUAAAAAAAAAAAAAGAAGUAAAUGCAGUCGCUUGAUUAAUAAAAAAAAGAAGCCUCUGGUAAUUAAGUGUUUUGUAGAAUAUCAUUACUAAUUGACAUUUCUACAUGUAUGAUGUCCAACGGAGCCGAGAUUGGCUGAUAUGUAUACCUUAUGGAAAGGGUGUUUUAGCAUGUCUGUGAUUAAUGAAAACAUGCGGUGUAUUACUGACCACUUCUGAUCAGUAACAGAAGAGCAGAUUGGUGAGUUGGCUUUUAGGAGAACCAUCUAAGUGUACCGCGGGACAAAUGAAGUCAGUGACAGCUAAUUUUGGAAGUAUUUGAAAUAAUCUUUGUGUCACACAAGGCUCAUUAUUAGGUGUUAGUGCCUUUUGUUGAUGAAUGACAAGUAGAUAUUUAUUUACUGAUACCACAACUUGUAGUAAAUUAUGUAUUUGUACAGUAUAUGUUUUUUAUAUUACUUUUGACAGUUUUGUUUCGCCUAAUUUGCCUUUUUUAUAUGAAGUUUUCUUGGUUGUUUUCAAGACAGCGUCACUUAAAUUUUGUGAUAGAGAAUGUCAGUUCUGAUCCAUUAAAGAUUUUAUUUUUUGUUGUGAACUAUUGGAGAUGUUCAUUCAAAAUGAAAGAUUAAAUUUCUUCGUCACUUACAUAAGGUGAUUCUAGAUCUAAUUUCAGUCUAAAAACAAUUAACGGUAUUGUUCAAUAUCAUUAACCACCAAAACAGUUUAGGCGAGGAUUACACUACCUCAUAUUGGAAAAAUACUGGUUGAGUGUUAAUUUAUUAUUAUACCUCACACCUUUUGCCUUUUAUAGGUUGGUACUCCCAAACUAUAUGGGAUUCUCAAGGGGAAAAAUCAGUACCUUAUAAAAAAUGUGAUGAGCAAGAUAACUUACCUAACCCUGAUGAGUUCUACUAAAAGCCAACAUGGUACAUUUGUAUAUAGGUAAACCAAUUAAAACUGGCUAUUUUGAAAUGGUCUCAACCAGGAAGUAGAACUGAUGAUAUUUUGGUAGUUUAAUUUUAGUUUAGAAUGUUGAAUUAUCUAAUAUGUUUAUCUACUUACAAGUACAUAGUUAUGUAGAUAAAAUGGUUAAAAGGUAAAAUGGUUUAAAUGGUAAAUGUAGAUCCUAUUCCAUAACGUAACUAAGUUCAAUUAAGGAAUAUAUAUAGUACAAGCCUGUUAAGAAAAAAAAUCAGUGUUUUUGAUUUAAUAUUCAGAUUGAACAUUGUCUUCCGACAUUUAUAAAUGAUCUUAAUUGGAUAUUCUAAAUAAUUUCAUGAGGUAAGGUGUUGACAUUUUUUGUUUGUUGGAAUAUAUUUUUGGGAGAAGUUAUGCAGAUUGCAGGGAUUACUGUAAAAAAAAAAAGUACUGCUACAUGGUUUAUAUAUAUAUAUCUUGAAAUGUAGGGCACUACUUGUAAAUUGAAUUUGUAUUUUCCGUUUUGAUAUGAGUUGAUUAAUGUUUAUUUAUUAAUUAGAUUUAUUUUUUCAUACUUUUUAUGUGGUUUCAAUUUAACAUGAACUUGCGAUACCAUGUAGUAUAGUCUACAACAAUUCCAGUACUAUGAUAAGGAAGGAUUCAGAAUCAAUACAUCAUAGCCAUGCAAGUUCUCCAUGGGAAGUUAUGAGAAAUUACAUUUCAAUUUCUUUUUAAUCUUCUGAUUUCUUUUGUUAUUGUUAUCUACAAGUGGUGAUGAGUUCCUCAGUGCAGGACUGUGUGUUGUGUGUAUUACCUUGCCACUUUCAGGCAUUACAUUGUGACGUGUGACAGUAGAAAGGUGAUGUUUAAACCUAGAUGUUUAUCUGGGAUUGAUUUUUUUAAAACAAAUGAUUAGAAGAUUUUAUUUUUCACUGAUAUUCAUGUAUGCACAAACAUGUUUAAAAAAAAAAAAAAAAAAAAACUAUUGCCUUGCAUGCUAGGUUUUGAUAACUCUACUUACUGCAACCGUUAGCAAAUGGAUUGAUGAAAGUCAGAUCUUUAUACUUUUAUAUUUAUAAAUUUUACUAAAAUGCAGAAUAAAGAAGAAAAAUUCUUUUGAACAUGAUGAGAUAAAAUUAAUAGUCCAGAUAUUCAUUCUAUGUCCAUUCAGCUACCCUAUUGAACCUCAGUGAACUUCAGUGAGAAAUAUUAAACCGGGUUUAUUGACUUUGCCUUGAUGUUUUAGGGCAACAUUGCUGAUGGGUUUUACUUGGCCUCCUAUGGGAUUACUCUGAAACUUAUGUAGAAUUACUGUAUGCUAACCUAUAGAAAAUCAUUGGACCUCCUCAAGAAAUGCUAUGUAUGAUUUUUUCCCCAGAUCUCCCAGAGAAUUGCAUACACUUGUCUAUGAAGUUUUUACUGGACUUUCCAAGGAAAUACUACAUAUAUAAUUUUCCUGGGCCUCUCAAAGAAAUGCAUGUACAUGUAUCUUGUACGGAAUUUUCCUGGGCCUCCAGGACAAAUUAUACACAGGGGAUUUUCCAAGACCUCAUAGAGAAAUACAUGUAUUAUAAAUAAAAUGUUCCUGACCUGUCCCUUUAUAGGUCUAUGAAUGGUACUGUAUUUUGGUCAAUAGUAUUUCACUGAGCCUUCCAAAGCAAUGUAUGUUGGCCUAUGGACACAUAGAAGACAACUGUCUAUUCAUAAUUUGGAAAGUGUUGUAUGCUAACCUAUAGGAGGCUUGUUAGUCUAUAGAUAUCCCUGGGCUUCACAGAGAAAAAGAUCAAUUUUUUUAUUAUCAAACAUGAUUUGCCAAACAGUGUACAAUUUUUUGUAUGAAUUUUGGAUUAUGUGCAACUUUGCCAAAGACAUACUUGCCAGAAUUUAGUCAAGCUGCAAAGGGACAAACUCUGUUUUAUAUCCAAGUUUGUCAAAGGAAACUUUGCUAGCUAAUACCGUAUAUAUAUCUGCAUCAGUCAACAAGCAACAUAUAGCCCAAUGGAUGUCAAUGAUGACACACCAUUGUUAGUCACAUGAAGAGCAGAAUACCAGUGUUUGAAGUUGGCAAUUUUUAAGGUUAUUCUUUGUAAAACAGAGGACCAGUAUAGGAUUUGUAAGGUUUGGUGUUGUGUAGUAUGAAGGUUUGUUGUCAGAGAGAAUAGGGUCUCAUGUUAUGGGUGUGGUAUCUGCUCUUCCUGUUCCCAACAGUGUUCGCACUAAUGGGAACAUUAUCCACAAGUGCAAUAUCUACAGUUACACUUUAUUUUCGUUAUUGAUUUGUUUUGUACAUGUAUCAUGUUAUAUAGAGCUAUGUAUAGCAGUACACUUGCCUUCUUAUUUUCUUUGUUUAUGCUUAGUUUCAUAGUUAAAGGAAAUUAUAAGAGUGACUAUAUAUUUAUUUUUAAUUUAUACAGCUUUUGUUAUUUUAGAGCACAGAAUUUUUUGAUUUAGAUUUUUUUAUCAUUACGUCAUUUUAGUGAUAAUUAUUUAUUAAAUCAGUACAAAAAGUUGUUUUAUCUUUUGCAAUACCUGUACUAUUUUUAAUACUUCAGUUUACAACACAAGAAGGUGUAUAUCAUAGCUUCAUCAACAACUGACAUGCAGUAUUAUUGGUUAAACAAUUUGCAUAAAAUUUUUAGUUCAAAUAUUGUAUAAAAAUGCCGCCUUCUGUAAAAUACUGGUGGUUGUUGUUAAUUAUUUUUUUACCUUUAUUUGUACAAUGAUAUAGCCUUCCAUAGAAAGCCUGUGGUGUAGUCAUUCAUACCAUACCUAUCAUCAUCUGGUGUCAGUUCACCUCCAUGUUUUUUUUAAUUCAAUAUAUAUAUCUAGAUAUAUAUAUAUUUCGAGGGUAUUGCAUGCAUCUGUAUUCCUGACCAAUUUCUCAUGGAUGUUGUGUUUGUAUAUGGGAAGUUUUCAAAUUUAUUUUUUUGUUGAAUGCAGAGUUACAAAGUGUCCUGAUGUUUCUAUGUUUUUAAUAAAGCUAAGUCAUUCUUUUAUAAUCACAAAGCAAAUCUGGUGUUGUUGAAAGCUUAUUUCAAUUACAAUAGUUUUGUAUUUAAUUUUGAUAAAACACACACACAAAAAAUGUAUCGCACCAGGCAUUAAUAGUGUUAUCAGUUACAUUUUAUGGAUUGGUCACAUGGUUUUGCUGCCUUGAUAUUUGAAAUACUUUUUUUUUCUGAUUUUUAAAAAUAUCUUUCUAACACUUAACACUUUGUGUAAGAAAUUCUUCAGCAAAUAAAGACUUUCAGUAGUAA